AUGACCUCAACUCUUCCGUCUUCUCCGCCGUUCCUCUCCUCCUCUUCCUCCGCGGCAGCUCUCGUCGCACCCUCCUCUCCUUCCCUCCUCUCCCUGCCUCAUCCCGCCGACGGCGGCGAUGACGGCGCCGCCACGCAGUUGCUCUCCGUCUCCUGGAACCAGGACUACGGCUGCUUCGCCGCCGCAACCAGCUCCGGCUUCCGGAUUUACAACUGCGAGCCUUUCAAGGAGACGUUCCGCCGGGACAUCAGGGGCGGCGGGUUCAGGAUCGUCGAGAUGCUGUUCCGCAGCAACAUCCUGGCCCUCGUCGGCAGCGAGGCCAACUCCCAGUACCCGCCCAACAGGGUCCUCAUUUGGGACGAUCACCAGAGCCGCUGCAUUGGCGAGUUCUCCUUCAGGUCGCAGGUCCGCGCCGUGAGGCUGAGCCGGGAUCGGAUUGUAGUGGUGCUCGAGCACAAGGUCUAUGUCUACAAUUUCACGGAUCUGAAGCUGCUUCAUCAGAUUGAGACGUUGGCGAACCCUAGAGGGCUCUGCUGCCUAUCUCAUCACCCAAACACUUCCGUGCUGGCUUUGCCUGGGCUGUACCGCGGCCAGGUUCGAAUUGAGCAUUUUGGAUUGAAUCUGGUGAAGUUGGUGAAUGCUCAUGAUAAUCAUAUUGCUUGCCUCACAAUUACCAUGGAUGGCUUGCUUCUUGCUACUGCUAGCACCAAGGGCACCUUGAUCAGAAUUUUCAACACCAUGGAUGGCACUCGGCUGCAAGAGGUGCGAAGAGGAGUGGACCGAGCUGAAAUUUAUGGCAUUACACUGUCUCAGGAUGUGCAGUGGUUGGCUGUGUCAAGUGGCAAAGGCACUGUUCAUAUUUUCAGUCUCAGGGUUAGAGUGGGUGGAGAAGACUCCUCCACUAACUCAAAUCCUCCCCAAAGCCCAGCAUUAUUGCAUCAGAAUUCAUCAACAGCUGUUACAGCUCUGAUUUCUCCCAGCACCAGUUCCAACCCGAGUUCAUCAUUGUCUUUUAUGAGAGGGGUGUUGCCCAAAUAUUUCAGCUCUGAGUGGUCAUUUGCCCAGUUCCGUUUACCAGAGGAGACACAAUUCAUUGCUGCAUUUGGAUCUCAGAAUACAGUCAUUGUUGCUGGCAUGGAUGCAAGCUUCUACAGAUGUCAAUUUGAUCCAGUUCAUGGAGGAGAGAUGUUGCAGCAGGAAUACGUCCGCUUCCUGAAAACUGAGAGCCGCCCUAAAUAG